AUGGCACCCCUUCGUGUUGGUAUAAUUGGUGCGACGGGCGAAACGGGCAGCUCAAUUACCAAUGGUCUCUUGGAAAAUGGCUCCUUUGAAAUCAUUGCAUUGACCCGCCCAGAGUCUUUGGAGAAGCCGGCCAACAAAGCAUAUAAGGAGCGCGGUGUCAUUCUCCGCCCAUUCAAACUCGAUGGUACGCACCGAGAGCUCCUCGCUGGGCUCUCCGACAUCGAAGUCCUCAUCGCAGCUUUCACGGCGAUGCCCGGCCAGCUAUUGCAGCAAAUUCCCCUCGCAAAGGCCGCCAAGGCAGCUGGUGUCAAACGCUUCCUCCCUUGUGCGUGGAGAACCGUCUUGCCGCCGACAGAAAUUCACAUGUUGCGUGAAACCGACGAGCAAAUCCUCAAGGUGGUCAAAGAAAUCGAGCUGCCUUACACAUACGUCGAUGUAGGCUCCUGGUAUCAGCUCAGCGUCMCAGAACUACCAAGCGGCAAGACUUCUUACCUAGGACUGGGCAUGGGAAAUCAAAUCCCCGGUGAUGGCAACGUUCCCACGGCGCUCACAGACCUGGCAGAUGUCGGCCGAUAUGUCGCCAGGAUCAUCGUAGAUGACCGCACGUUGAACCAGUUUGUCUUCGUCUACAACGAGAUCUGGACCACGAACCAGAUCUACGAUUAUCUCGAGCAGGCAUCGGGGGAGAAGAUCGAUAAUCGGAUCUAUCUCACCGAGGAGCAACUUCGUGCUCAGAUUGCCAGCGUUCCGGCCGACCCUCAAGCUUCCCUUCAAAGCCUGGCUGGCAAGAUCAUCGCGCAGUAUGGACUCAGCUGGGGAAUCCGCGGUGACAAUACACCCGAGUAUGCCAAAUCACAAGGGUACUUGGUGAGCAAAGAGUUGUAUCCGGAUUUCACGGAUUUCAGGUCUUUCAAGGAGUACGUCGACACCGCCUUGGAAGGCAAGGCGGCGGGUGUCUAUGCCGAGCUCAAGGCGUUCCUCGCUGCUGGGGCUGCGAAACCGUGA